CCGCCCGGAUACGGCCAGCAGCUGCGGCGCCCCCAGCGGGCGCAGCGCGGCGGCGGCCUCGACGCGCGCGCCGUCGGCGGCGCGCUCGGCCCCCGCGGGCUCGUCGCGCGGGGUCUCGCCGCCGGGAGGCGCGCUGCCGACGCCGGGGCGCGGGCCACGAGCGGACGCCGGGCACGCGCGGAGCCACAGCGGCCCGUGGUUUGCAGCGCCCGACCCCUGGGGCCAGCUGGGCGCUGGCGUCAGUUCGCCGCCUGCGUGCAGGAGCAGGAGCCAGCUGGCCGCGGGCUUGAACUCGCGGGAUGCUGGCCAGGGCCGCGCCUGGGGCAGCCCAGACUGCCGCGCUUUCGCCGCCUCGGCCGCGGAGUCGCUGGGCAGGCCGGUGCGGCUGUGGAGGGGCCCCGCCGCGGCGGCGUCUUCGGGCAGCGCGGGGCGGAGCACAGGGGAGCUUUGGCGCUCGAGCUCGUGGGGCAGCACGGCGCG